AUGCAGUCCUCCACCCCCGGCGGCGUGCGGCUCUUCAUCGGGGAUGACAGCGACAGCGAUGACUCCCUUUCGUACGGCCGUGCCCCGGCGCCGGGUGGUGGCAGUGGCAGUGGCCCGGCAUCCGGCGCGGUCGGGGCAUCCUCCUCGGCCGCGGGCGGGAUCCCGCCCUCUGAUGCGGUGACGGCGCGGUACUCGCCGCCCGGCCAGCGUCACGCCCACUCCUCGCACCAUUCGCUGGCCCCGUCGGGCGGCCAGCAUCUGGCCGGCACCGGCGGCGGCGGCGGCGGCGGCUUCCAUGCGGGCCGUGGCCCCGGCAGCACGUCGGCCUCAUCGACGUCGCUCAGCUCGCUCGGCCUGGCGGCCGGGGGCUCCGGGCGCACGCACAGCUCCUCGGAUCUCGUGGCCGCAUAUGGCGGGGCAUCUGCCAGCGGGUUCUUCCAGUCGGACCCGAAGGCCCUCCGGUCGCUGCACAGCCAGAUGGCCAUGCGGUCGGCCGGGGCCGGAUCGGUCGCCGGGCCCGAUGGCCGGCGGUAUGACCCGGCACGCGGCCUGGGCGCCAGCUCCCGGGCCCAGGACGACGACGACAUCAUCACCGACGAUGAUGAUGAUGAUGACGAUGAGCAUGACGACGGGGCCCGGGGCCGCGGCAUCGUCGGGGUAGAUCCCGGCUCCGGGGUGCCCCUGUCCGACCAUGGGGGCGUGCUCGAGGAUGCCGGCGGCCUGGAUCUCCCGGGGCGCGGUGGGCCCGGCGGGCCCGGCGCCGGGCAUGGGCUCAUGCGCGUGUCGUCCCUCUCCUCGGCCAUGGGGUCAUUGGCGAUGGGCCCCGCUGCUGGUGGGCCCGGGGGCGGCGGCGCCGGCGGCCCGGCCCUCAUGCUGGACACCGACUCGACCGGCGCGCGUGGUCGCCAUCGGCCACAUGCGAUGCACCUCCAGCAGCACCAUUCGCACAUGCAGCAUCUCCAGCAGCAGCAGCAGCAGCAACAACACUUCUCGGGCCAGCGGCAGCGGCCGGCUCAUGCGCAUUAUCACCACUUGAUGCAGUCCCCCGGGACACACAAUCGCCCAAGCAAUGCCAGCUUCGGCAGUGACGUCGACAUCGAGGCCCUGGACGACUCGGACUCGGUCCUCUCUCCGACCUCGACCACAUCACCCUUGGCCAAUGGCAGCGUGGCCGUUGCUGGCAUCCCUCCGGCCGGACGCGCGGACGCGGCCCUCGCACGGCCCCCCUCGCAGGCCGACCUUCUGGCGGCGGCCACCGCGGCCAGCCUGCCCUCCUCGGGGGGAGGCGCGUCGGAGGUGGCCCCGGAUCGCGGGGCCGCUGGCGGUGCCUUCCACCACGAUCCCCACAGCGGCCGGCUGGAUGACACCCUGGCCGAGGGCCCGAGCGAUGGGGACGAUGGGGAUGAUGAUGAUGGCGACAUCGAUGUGGGAUCCGAUGAUGGGACUUCCUCGGGGUUGCGGCCGCCGCCCGGGCCGAUUGACGUGGGCUUCGACCUGUCGCUGAUGGUGGACGGGCAUUUGCCGCUGCACCGGCGGCGGUCGCACCAUUCCGAGGGGCAGAUCUCGCCGUUGCCCGCCGGGGCCAUGGUGGACCUGCGUGCGGCGUUGGGCCCGGUGUCGGCGGCCGGCCAGUCGCCCGGCGGGCCGCACACGCCGGCCGGCCUGCUGUCGACGGCGGUGUCCCCGGUGCCGGGGCCUGCUGGGCCGGCCGCUUCGAGCACCUUCUUCAUCGGGGACGAUGAUGAUGGGUAUGACCAUGCGGCCGAUUCGCAAAGUGACCACCCCUUCGACGUGGGGGGAGACCGGGCCGGCAUGGCCGAGGGCCAGCAGGAGGCCGAGGAGGCUGCCAUUGCCGGCGGGCUCGCCAGCGACGGGUCGACCACCUUCCAGCCGCCCCCACCGCCGCCCCCGGCGCCGGAUGAGAAGCUGGCCGCGGCCGAGGAGGCCGUGACCCAGGAACGCGCGCGGGUGGCCCGGCAUGCGGUGCGCCAGGGGCGCUGGUGGAUCCGGGCCAUGUCGGAGCUUCCGCGCGGGGGCAAUGCCCCCUUGCGGCGGUAUGUGGCCGAGGCGCUGUUCGACUCCGGGAGCUGGGGCUGCCCGAAGAGCACCAUGCACCGGGCGGUGUCGGUGCCGGACUUCCACCCGGGGACCGGGGUGCCGGUGCCGGUGACCGGGUCGGUGCACUUCCCUCGUACGAGCAGCAUCCGGCCGGCAUCGACCGCGGCGGCGGCCAUCCUCGGGCUGUCGGCCGGGGGUGGCCCGGUGCGGGCUCAAACCGCCCGUCCCAAGCGCGCCCUCCAGCGGGCGGUGGAUGACACCCGCGAGGGGGCCAUCCGCCAGUUGCGCGCGGCGGCGGCGGAGAUGCGCGCGGCGGCGGCGGAGAUGCGCGCGGCGGCGGCUGCGGCGGCGGCCCGGCGCCUUGCCACCACGGCCGGCAGUGGGGGCGGCGCCUUCGCCGGCGGCGAUGCCGAGUCCGGGAGUCGACCCCAUGCAGCCGAGGCGGCCGCCUCGCCGCCGGUCCAUGCGUCGCCGGAUCCGGUCGUCGGCGCGGAGGGUGGUGCUUUGGUGCCGGCGCGGGCACCCGGAGCCGGGGGCAUUUCGCCCUCCGGCGACAAGGCCCAUGGUGCUGCGGUGGCGACUCCUCCCCUGGCGGGGACAGUGCCGUCGGGCCCGGCGCCCGAGCAUCCCUCUUCCCAGGCAUCGCAGCAGGCAUCGCAGCAGGCAUCGCAGCAGGCAUCGCAGCAGCCACGCACGGGCGGCUCGCCGUAUUUGGGCCCCGGGUCGCCGGUGUCGGCGCCGGUGCUGGCGCCAACGGCCACCGUGGUCCGGUCAUUCUUGACGGCCGAGGCCAGUGCCCCGGCCCAGGCAUCCGGUCCCUCGGUUCAGACGGCGGCCGGCCAGGCAUCGGCGGCCGAGCCGCCUGCCCAGCAGCCGGAAGCCCCGCCCAAGCUGGCGGGCAUCUACCACCCCCCGGGGUCGCAGCCGCAGCCGCAGCCGCAGCAAUCCGGCAGCGGCGGCGUGGGCACCAGCGGCCGGCAUUUCUCUCACGGGUCGACGACCUCGCCACUGCACCAGUCGGUGGUGACAAUGUCCUCGCCGGAGGGCGGGGCUCUGCACGCGCGGGGCAAUGCCAAUGCCAUCACCUCGAUUUCGUACUCGCCGCCGCCGCAAACCGGCGGGUCGACUUCCUCGCCGUCCUCCUUGUUGAAUUCCUCGUUCAGCUCCUUCAUGCGGUAUUUCCACUCGUCGGGCAGCUCCAGCAGCACGGCCGGGGCCAACGCCGCCGCCGCCGCCGCCUCCUCCGGAUCGGGGUCUGGCGGCCAUGCGCACAAGCCGUAUGGCAGCCAGAGUGCGGCGUCGAGCGUGACCGGGUCGCCGAAUCCCACGGCCCCCGGCAGUGGCGCCGGAUCGCCCGGGAUCACAUCGCUGUCGGCCGGGCCGAGUGCGCAUGGUUCGCCGAAUGCCGGGCGGCUGGCCGCCGGGGCAGCCGGCGGCCCGGAGCACCUGGGCGGCGGGCAGUUCCCCCGGUCGGGUCGGUCGAAUUCCACCAACACAUUGACCUAUUCGGAUGGGUCGCCGAUGCCGAGCGCCUCGAGCUCGGACCUGCUUGCCUCGCUGGCGGCGGGACUGGGGUUUUCCUCGAUCUCGGUGUCCUCGACGCCCUCCUCCCCGGCGACCGGCGGGCCGGCGACCGGUGGAGGGGCUGCCGGGCACCAUCCUCAUCAUCAUCAUGGGCAUGCGCCGCAUCUGCAGGUGCCGGCGGCGGGUGCCGGCGGCGGCGGCGGCGGCGGUGGCCGUCACCAGCGCUCGGUGUCCGCUUCGCAGGCUCACCACUUCCCGUCGUCCGUGGGCCCCCCGGGGUCGGCCUCCUCGCCGCUGGAGGGGGCCGAGCAGACGGCGGCCAAUGCGGCGCGCGACUCGCCGGAGGGCUUCUUCUCCGGGUCCGGGUCGAUGUCGCGCCUGGGCAGCGGCAUUUCCCACGCCAAGACCAUGCUCUCGCUGUCGACCCUGGGCGGUGGCGGGGGCGGCGGCGGCGGCGGCAGCAGCGCCGGGCCGGCGGGUGGCAUGUCGCCCGGGGCUGGCCCUGGACCUGGGACUGGGGCUGGAUCUUCCUCGUCGGGUGGUGGGUCCUCGCGGCUGAUCCAGCCGCCGGGCGGCUGGUUCGGCACCGGGUCCCACAGCUCGGCGGCCAUCGACCGGCAGCAAUUCCAGCGGUCGUAUGAGCAUGUGUACUUGCCGCGGUCGCGGCCGGCGGCUCCGGCGGCGGCGGCCAGCGGGCGCCAGCCUACCAUGCCGUCGGCCGCGUCGAACUUGGACAUCGCCGGGAGCGGGGCCGGCGGGGCGCCGGGCUCCGGCCCGGUGGGCGGCCCCGUGCCCGGGAGCACCUCGCUCACCCGUGUGGUCAGCUCGCCGGCCCUGACCGGGCCGAAGACCACCGGGCUGGAGGACUUCAGCAUCAUCCGGCUGCUGGGCAAGGGCGAUGUGGGCCGGGUGUUCCUGGUCCAGCGGACCGGCACGCGGCGCUUCUUCGCCAUGAAGGUCCUGGAAAAGCGGGACAUGCUGCGCCGUGGUCGUAUUAACCGCGUCUUGACAGAGCGGGAUAUCCUCCGGUCGGCCAACCACCCGUUCAUUGUGCCGCUGUACCACUGCUUCCAAAGCAAGGAGUACAUCUACUUUGUGAUGGAGUACUGCGCGGGCGGGGAGUUCUUCCGGACACUGCAGCGCCAGCCCGGGCGCCGGAUCAGCGAGAUGGCCGCGCGGUUCUACACGGCCGAGGUGGUCCUGGCACUGGAGUACAUCCACAUGCUGGGGUUCGUCUACCGAGACCUGAAGCCGGAGAAUCUGCUCCUCCACUCCUCCGGGCACAUCAUGCUGGCGGAUUUCGACCUGAGCAAGAAGGCCAGCGGCGGGGGCGGUGUAUCGGUCGUGCGCAGCGGUGUCAUGCAGCGCGUGUCCGACGUCUCGACCCAGGCCGUGGUGGACUCCUUCCGGACGCACUCCUUCGUCGGCACCGAGGAGUACAUCGCGCCGGAGCUGAUCCUCUCCCGGGGGCAUGCGGUCCCGGUGGACUGGUGGACCCUGGGCAUUCUCGUUUAUGAGAUGAUUUACGGCCGGACCCCCUUCAAGGGGCCGGACCGGCGGGCCACCUUCUCCAAUAUCCUGACCGCGCCGCUGCUCUUCCCGGAUGACCUGACGGCACAGGCCAAUGCGGCGGCCGGGGCGACGGGAUUGGCCGCCGUGGCGGCCGCCAGUCCUGGCGCCCACCCGGCCGGUGUCCAGCUCAUUCCCCAUGCCCGGUGGGACGGGGACCCGAUCUCGCAAACAUGCAAGUCCUUCAUCCGGCGGUUGCUCUGCCGGGAGGAGCGCCGGCGCCUGGGCAGCGAGGCCGGCGCGGCGGAGGUCAAGCGUGACCCGUGGUUCUUCGGGGUCAAGUUCGCCCUCCUGCGGCAUAUGCAGCCGCCGAUUGUGCCGCGUGUGCCGGAGGACGUCCUGGCCGGGACGCUGGUGGCUCCGCAUCCGGCGGCCGUGGCCGCCGGCCGGCCCCCGGGCCCGGCGCCGGUUGUGAGCACCGGCGCCGGGGGCGGACCCGGUGGCGUCCCGUCGGGCAGUGGCCCCGGCGCCGGCCGGCCUGGGGGCGGCCCCCCGGGCUCCGGCGGCCAGCCACACCACCAUCAUCACCACAUGUCGGCGCAGGCGCAAGCCCAACAGGCCCAGCAGGCCCAGCAGCACGGCCACCGGUCGGCCGGUGGCGAUGACUUCAUCCGCCGGGUCAUGAGCGAGCGCACCCUCAGCCGCAUGCAGAUGGACGAGAAUGAUCCCUUCUUCGGCUUUGAGAGCGAGAUCUUCCACUCGGAUUGACGGCCCUCCGCGGGGGGUUCCUCCUUCCUGGCCUCCGGGCGAGAGGCCGGGAGCCGCUCUCUCCCUCCUCCUCCUCCUCCUGCUGCUGUUGUGCCAUACCCACCGGGUGCCUUCCACCCCCCGCGCAAGUAAGCAGGAGCUCGUUUCGGCCUCUCUGGAGGGCAUGAGAGCGGUAGGCGGACAGCGAUGUGGCGGGCCAUGAUGGCGACCAUGGCGUCGCCCCGCCCGCCUCGGACACACAACCACCCGCUUCCCGAAGAGACCCGCGCAGGUGUGUGCUCGCUCGCUCGCUCCCUCUUCCCCCUUUGGUGAAUUCCCCCCUGGGGGGCGGAGCCGGACAUCGUAUCAGGACUUUUUAGAUGGGCGCACCCGCGUCCUCCCCCAAUCCCUCCUCUUGGCCUCGCCUUGCGCUCUCGUGCGCGCCACGCACCGCCUCUCCCCGUCCUUCCUCCUUCACAGCAACAAAGGGGCCAGCUCCGCGGCCCUGGCCCGCACUCGCGCGCGCAGAUGUCGCGGGGCAUCCCCUUCACCUCCCUCCCUAUAUUCCCUCGUCUUCCUCCUCCUCCUCCUUCCGAGAAGCACCCAUAGAGCAUCCUCCAACCCCGAAACAGUGGGAGCGAGAGAGAGAGGGAGAGAGCCAGGGAGACUGUCAGAGCGCGUGUGCGUGGGCGAGCGCGAGAGAGCGGGCCAGCCUGUGUGCAUGCACCCGGGCGCGAGCGCAAGAAGAGCAUGCCCUCUCCCCUCCCGACGAGCAUCCCUCUCGGGCGGGUGUGUUUCGCGCACACACACACACACACAAUCGAGACACAUCCUGCCAUCUUCCCUCCCCGGGGACCGGACGGCCGGCACGCCGUGCCCUGGUUCCCCCUGUAUCAUACCCAACUGCCAAUGCUCUCACCCAAUACAUGGUCCUUGUUCCC